AUGGCAGCCGCAGCAGCAACAUCCAUUCCUCCACUCACUCUCAUCGUCGCUACCACAGCCAAAAACGGCAUUGGCAAGAAUGGAACUCUUCCCUGGCCAAUGCUCAAGAAGGAAAUGGCAUACUUUGCUCGCAUCACCAAGCGUGUCCCAUCUUCCACCACCUCCACCUCCUCAGAUCCCACCACACAAGCACCCCAAAACGUCGUCGUCAUGGGCCGUAAAACCUGGGAAAGCAUUCCUCCCAAAUUCCGCCCUUUGCCGCAACGCACCAAUGUAGUCAUCUCUCGAUCUUCAAAACUCGAGGGUGCGGGUGACGACGUCGUUAUCAGUGACAGCAUUUCCUCUGCUUUGUCUUCUCUUGCUGCCAAGGCCAAAGAAGGCAACGCAGCUCCUUUGGGAAGAGUGUUUGUUAUCGGCGGCGCUGCUAUAUACAAACAAGCGUUGGAUAUGGAACAGGCAAAGGAUAUCUUGCUAACCAGAGUUAAGGGAGAGUGGGAUUGCGAUACGGAUUUCCCUGUUGAUGUGGAGGCUGAGCAGGGGUGGCAGAGACGGGAGAAGGAGGGACUGGAUGAGUUUACUGGUGAGGAUGUUGAGGAGAUUCAGGAGGAGGAAGUCAAGGGUGAGAAGGUCAGGUACGAGUUUAGACUCUACGAGAGGGUGUGA